GGAAGGCACCUGUUGAACUCGGGCUCCGGCUCCGGCUCCGGCUCCGAGGCCAGGCUGCGGCUGCGAUGUGGAACCCAGCCGAGUUUGAGGAGCACUGGCGUCGGGAGUUCCCGGGCAGCGAAGUACCGCAGAUGAAACUAAACUCGGUAGCCGAACUGGAGGCCGAGUUGGAGCGGUGCCGAGAGCGGCUGCGGGUCGGCCAGGAGCGCUUGGCCCGGGAGAAGUUCAAAGUGAUUUACCUGGAGACAGCGCUGGGCCGUGAGCCCCAGAGUGGGUCGCUCCGGGCCCAGAGCAAGUCAGAGCGGCGCCAAGACGAAUGUAGCGUCGGACUCCGGGGAGCGCAACAAAGUAUCGUUUCGGAGCAACAAAGUAACAACUCGGAGAAACAAAGUAUUGGCCCGGGAGAGGAAGCCAAGAGUCCAGACGAAAAAGCAACGAAUCCGGACCAGGCAGCCGAGAGUCCGGAUGAAGAAACGAGUCCGAGCCAGGGAACCGAGACUCCGGGAGAAGGACCAGGCACCUCCGAUAAGGGACCAGACACACUGGACAGUCCGCAACAGGGAUCAGACACCCAUGACCAAAAAGUAGACAGCCCGGGACAACCAGACGCCUCGGGUCAUGAAUCCGACGCCCCAUGCCUGGAGCAGGCGCCGGAUGAGGACAAUGAGGACGAAGGGGAGACGGAGACGCAGCAGCGAGACCGGGAAUCGUUGUCACCCGGCCUCGCACGGCACCUGAUCUUCCCCAAGUUCAGGAUGAUACCGAAGAAGCGAGUUAAGGACGGCGGCGAUUCACCGGGACAGCGGCGGCGCCAACUUCUGUCAGUAUUGCCCAGGUGGCACAGGGAGGCUUCGCCGAGCGAAGGAAGCGACCGCGAGUACAGCUCGGACCGGGAUUCGACAGAUUUCAGCUUUGCCGAGGGUUUUGACGGUGAGUCCGGAGAGGAGACGCGGCCUGGGGACGAGAUAUCGGACACGCUGCCCUUUAUCGAUGAAUCGCCCGCCGUAUCACCACAGCUGAGCACGGGGCCUGCGCUGCUCACCACCCCUCAGGGUCCUGCAGCCGGGGGUGUGUCGGGGCCGGAGAAGCGACUGGAGAUGAGGAGUUUGGUUCUGUCGGGCAUCCUGGCCAGUGAAGAGCUCUAUCUCAACCAGCUGGAGGCCCUGCUACUGCCACUGAAGCCGCUGAAGGCAGCGGCCACCACGUCACAACCUGUCCUGACCCACCAGCAGAUCGACACCAUUUUCUAUAGGGUCACCGAGAUCCACCAGGUCCACCAACAAUUCACCGACGGACUGAGAGCUCACAUCCAGCACUGCGAUGCCCACCCCACCGUGGGACACCUCUUCCACACACUGGCGGAGAGUCUGGGUGUGUACAAGGAGUUUGUCGACAAUUACAAGUUGGCCAUCGAGAUGGUGGAGCACUGCAGUUCAGCCAACAACAACUUCAGGAAGAUCUCUGAGGACAUCAAGGUCAAAAGCUGCAAAGAUUCGAAGGAAACCUCCACCUCCGUCACACUGGAAGCCCUUCUCUACAAGCCCAUUGACCGUGUCACCCGAAGUACGCUGGUGUUGCACGACCUUCUGAAACACACCCCAGCUGAUCACCCUGACUACCCGCUGCUGGAGGAUGCUCUUCGCAUCUCCCACAAUCUCCUGUCCAGCAUCAACCAGGAAAUCGCAGAGCGACCCACACCAGUUGGACUGGCCAAGGGCGAGAGCCGGCAGCUGGUGAAGGACGGGUUCCUGGUCGAGGUGUCGGAGGGGGUGAGGAAGCUGAGACAUCUCUUCCUCUUCACUGACCUGCUGCUGUGCGCCAAGCUGAAGAAACCCACCGCCGUGAAGGUGCCACAGUAUGAGUGUAAAUGGUACGUGCCGCUGUGGGAGCUGGUGCUGGUGUCAGCCGAGGACCGCGAGACGGGACCCCAGCUCCCACCCAUCCCAGACCGCGAGCUCGACGAGGCCAAGGUGAAGAUCUCCCACGCCAGGAACGAGAUCCAGCGAGAGAAGAAACUGCCGAAGGCACAGAACCGAGCGGUGGAGCGUCUGAGGAGGAAGGUGUUUGAGUUAGAGUCCUGGCUGCUGAUGCAUUCACCCAACAUCCCCUUCCGCAUCCACAACAAGAACGGCAAGAGCUUCCAGUUCCUGCUGUCGUCCGACUAUGAGCGCUGUGAGUGGAGAGAGGCCAUUGAGAAGCUGCAGAGGAAAGAUCUGCAGGGUUUUGUGCUGAGUUCUCUGGAACUGCAGAUGCUGAUGGGUUCGUGUGUGAAGCUGAGAACCGUCCACAGCCUUCCUGUCACCAGCCACAAGGAGGGUGAUGAACCCACGGGCCUGUACGGGUUUCUUCAUGUCAUCGUUCGAUCCGCAAAAGGAUUCAAGAGCUCAGCCAGUCUGUAUUGCACUCUGGAAGUUGAUUCCUUUGGCUACUUUGUUAGUAAAGCGAAGACGAGGGUAUUCCGGGACACGACCGAGCCUCAAUGGAAUGAGGAGUUUGAGAUCGAGCUGGAAGGUUCACAGUGGCUCCGCGUUCUCUGUUACGAGAAAUCCCUCGACAAACUGAAGCUCAACAAGGGUGACAAUGAAAUUGUCGACACCAUCAUGGGUAAAGGGCAGGUGCAGUUGGACGCCACAUUGGCCCAGAGUCGCAACUGGCAGCCGGCAACCCUGGAGAUGAAUGGGGUGGAGGUGCUGCUUUCGCUCAAGUUCAGCAGCCGGGACCUGAGUCUCCGGCGAACCCCGUCGCGCCGGCAACACGGAGUUUUCGGUGUCAAGAUCGGCAUCGUCACCAAGAGAGAGCGCUCUAAGGUUCCGUAUGUCGUGCGUCAGUGUGUGGAGGAGGUAGAGAAACGCGGCAUUGACGAGGUUGGAAUUUACCGCAUCUCUGGUGUGGCCACGGACAUCCAGUCCCUCCGGGCGGCCUUCGACACCAGUGAGUGA